GUUUUGGUGUGUUGCUGGACGACCCGCCCAGGAGCAGUCUCGUGAGCCAGGGAGUGAGGGCCUCUGGCUGUGCCCCAGCGCUGUGUGACCCAGAGGCACCACUCACCCUCUCUGAGCUGCUGGACAUCAUAGGUGGGGAAGCUCAGACCAGGGGACUCCCGGGAGUGUCUGGAGGCCUGAGUUCCAUUCCCAGCUCUGCCAUACGCUUGCUGCGCUCUAGAGGAGUUUCUCUUCCUCUCCGAGCCUCGGUUUGUGUGCCUGUGCAGUGGGAGCGAGCUGCACUUUAGGGUGAAGGAGGCGAGACGCGUGUGGGGGCAUCCUGCAGGGGGAUCUCACAGAGGGUACAGCCCAGAAUUGUCUUCUGAGAAAGAGGUGUUCUCCUGGACCCACACUGUCCCCAGGCCUCAGCAAGGCAAGCGAGGUGCUCCCGUCAGCCAGGCUGGACCGCUAAGUGAUUUGCCUGAGGCCCCACGGCAGACUUCCACUGGAGGCAGAGAAAGCAGCUAGAGGCAGAAGGAGGUCACAUCAAGCCCCCCAGAAAAGACUGGGCUAUGCAUGCUUCCGGUAACCGCCCUUGACCUUCAGGAGAAUCAGAAGGCUGCCUGACCAGUGAGUCUCAAGAAGAUUCUGUGGCUACAGGCUCCUGCAGAGUGUGAGGGAGACCCCAGUGAUAUCCUCAGCUGCAAAUCCUUCCAUCUUUCGUGGCCAGCUCCCCAGGCAGGCGGGGGCCCCGUCUGCUGCUGGACACGGAGCCAUGAAGAAGCAGUUCGUGGUGCUGGGCCUGCUGGCCGUGGUCCUGGUGCUGGUUGUUAUUGGCCUCUGUCUCUGGCUGCCCUCCGCCUCCAACGAACCUGCCAGCCACGUGUACGCCAGGGCUGCCGUGGCUGCGGAUGCCAAGCACUGCUCGGAGAUUGGGAGGGAUGCACUGCGGGACGGUGGCUCUGCGGUGGAUGCAGCCAUUGCUGCCCUGUUGUGCUUGGGGCUCAUGAACGCCCACAGCAUGGGCAUUGGGGGCGGCCUGUUCCUCACCAUCUACAACAGCAGCACUCGAAAAGCUGAAGUCAUCAAUGCCCGCGAGGUGGCCCCCAGGCUGGCCUUUCCUACCAUGUUCAACAGCUCGAAACAGUCCCAGGAGGGGGGGCUGUCGGUGGCUGUGCCCGGAGAGAUCCGAGGCUACGAGCUGGCGCACCAGCGGCACGGGCGGCUGCCCUGGGCUCGUCUCUUCCAGCCCAGCAUCCAGCUGGCCCGCCAGGGCUUCCCUGUGGGCAAGGGCUUGGCAGCAGCUCUGGAAAACAAGCGGGCCGUCAUCGAGCAGCAGCCUGUCUUGUGUGAGGUGUUCUGCCGGGAUGGAAAGGUGCUUCAGGAGGGGGAGAGGCUGACCCUGCCGCAGCUGGCUGACACCUACGAGAUGCUGGCCACCGAGGGCGCCCAGGCCUUCUACAACGGCAGCCUCACAGCCCAGAUUGUGAAGGACAUCCAGGCGGCCGGGGGCAUCAUGACAGCCGAGGACCUGAACAACUACCGUGCUGAGCUGAUCGAGCACCCGCUGAAUAUUAGCCUGGGAGACGCAGUGCUCUACAUGCCCAGCGCACCACUCAGCGGGCCUGUGUUGGCCCUCAUCCUCAACAUCCUCAAAGGGUACAACUUCUCCCAGGCGAGCGUGGAGACCCCUGAGCAGAAGGGCCUGACGUACCACCGCAUUGUAGAGGCUUUCCGGUUUGCCUACGCCAAGAGGACGCUGCUUGGGGACCCCAAGUUUGUGAAUAUAACUAAGGUGAUCCACAACAUGACCUCCGAGUUCUUCGCCGCCCAGCUCCGGGCUCAGAUCUCUGACGACACCACCCACCCGACCUCCUACUAUGAGCCUGAGUUCUACACACCGGAUGAUGGGGGCACUGCCCAUCUGUCUGUCAUCGCAGAGGACGGCAGCGCUGUGUCGGCCACCAGCACCAUCAACCUCUACUUUGGCUCCAAGGUCCGGUCCCCGGUCAGCGGCAUUCUGUUCAAUGACGAAAUGGACGACUUCAGCUCUCCCAACAUCACCAACGAGUUUGGGGUGCCCCCCUCGCCCACAAAUUUCAUUUAUCCAGGGAAGCAACCACUCUCAUCCAUGUGCCCGACGAUCAUGGUGGGCAAGGACGGCCAGGUCCGGAUGGUGGUGGGAGCUUCCGGGGGGACACACAUCACCACGGCCACGGCACUGGCCAUCAUCUACCACCUCUGGUUCGGCUAUGACGUGAAGCGGGCCGUGGAGGAGCCCCGGCUGCACAACCAGCUUCUGCCCAACGUCACCACAGUGGAGAGAAACAUUGACCAGGCAGUGACUGCAGCCCUGGAGGCCCGGCACCAUCACACCAAGAUCGCGUCCUCCUUCAUAGCUGUGGUGCAGGCCAUUGUUCACACGGCUGGUGGCUGGGCAGCUGCCUCAGACUCCAGGAAAGGCGGGGAGCCUGCUGGCUACUGAGUGCUUGGGGCGGACACGGCCGACCAGCAAUCCAGGGACAAGAUACUCACCAGGGCCAGGAAGGGGACUUUGGAGGAUGUGCCUCCCUGUGAGCAGCACAGCAACACAAUAAAUGAGGCUGCUGUACCAGGCUUCAGGCAGCCUCCCUGGCCUGGCUCCCCACUC